AAUAAAAUGCUCACAAUUUGCAUUUUAAUUCAAAUUAUCCACGAACAAAUAAUAAUAAGCGAUAAUUUUAGCACAGUGCUGAAACUCUAGGCGAGUUACUUCCUGCUCGGCUGCAUAACCGCGCUGCGCUGUUGUGUGAGUGUGUCAAUGGCUCUCGACAGGUCAUGCCGGCCGUGAAGCAACAUAACAAUGCAUUUUAUUUCUCGAUUACCGCGCGCGAUUGAGCGCCUGGGGAGGCAGAAGAGCCGAUAAAGGCGGCCCAUCCCGCCUCCGACACCCCAGUACAAAGCCGCCACUCAAUCAGCAAUGGCGCCGAAUCUGCCAAGUCCGACGACCGCCGAGUACCUCGCCGCAAGCGGCCUGGCCGGAGCGAGCAAAACGACGGCGGAGGCGGCACUGGAGGCGGACCACUCUGAUCAGCAGCAGCAACAGGAGCCGUACCGGGUGCAGCUGGUGUGGCGGAACAUAAUCGCCUUCAUUUACCUGCACCUCGGCGCCGUCUACGGACUUUACCUCGUUCUCACCGCGCAGGCCAGCUUCCUCACAUUUCUCUGGGCGGUGUCUUUCGCGUCCCUGGCUGCGAUGGGGAUCACGGCGGGGGCGCACCGGCUGUGGUCGCACCGGGCAUACAAGGCGCGGUGGCCGCUGCGUGUGUUUCUGGCGGCGCUGCAGACGAUGGCCUUCCAGAACGACAUCCGCGAGUGGGUGCGCGACCACCGGGUGCACCACAAGUUCAGCGAGACGCACGCCGACCCGCACAACGCCAGCCGCGGCUUCUUCUUCUCGCACGUCGGCUGGCUGCUGUGCCGCAAACACCCCGACGUCCGCCGCAAGGGCGCCGCCGUCGACCUCAGCGACCUGGACGCCGACCCCGUCGUCGUCUGGCAGCGCCGCACCUACCUCGUCCUCAUGCCCCUCCUCUGCUUCGUCCUCCCCGUCUGGCUGCCCUGCCGACUGUGGAACGAAAACGCCUGGACUUCCUGGUACGUUGCGGGUGUGAUGCGAUACGUGCUAUCGCUGAAUGCGACCUGGCUGGUGAACAGCGCGGCGCAUAUGUGGGGCAACAGGCCCUACGACAAGGGUAUCAGCCCCACAGAGAACCGCUCCGUGGCCAUCGCAGCCUUCGGAGAGGGCUGGCACAAUUACCACCACGUCUUCCCCUGGGACUACAAGGCGGCCGAGCUGGGUGACUACAGCAUGAACCUGACGACGGCGUUCAUCGACCUGUGCGCGCGGCUGGGGCUGGCCUACGAUCUCAAGUCGGUGCCGGAGUCGCUGGUGCGGCGCCGCGCACUCCGCACCGGCGACGGAAGCUGGUUGGACCACCACCACCCCGAUCAGCCUGCCCUCUGGGGCUGGGGCGACACCGACAUGAGCCCUGAGGAUGCUGCCGACCUCUCCAACUCAAAAUAAAACGCUUUUUCCAGUCUUUAUUUUAAAUAUUUGUAAUUUUGUAUAGGGAAUAAAA